GGUUCUAUUUCUGGUCAGUCCCAAACCAAAAUUGCUCCAAGUAAGUCCCAGAGCAAAACUACUCUAAGUCAGUCCAAGAGCAAAAGUACUCCAAGUCAGCCUCAGGCAAAUAAAAGUAGUUCAGGUUCCCUUACUGGUCAGAACAAGACCAAAACUAUUUAUAGAUCACGGUCAAGGUCCUCUUCCAUGUCAAGUUUACCAUUGAGGUCAAGGUCUCAAAGUAGGUCUAGGUCAAGGUCGUCUUCAUUAGGACAGAUUAAUAUGUCACCCUUUAUGUCCAGCACUAUGUUAGAAGACAAGUCAUGCAGGUCAAGGUCUAGAUCAAAAUCCAAUGAGUCUAGAUCAAGGUCAAAAUCUAAAACGUAUCGCCAUAAUCGUUCCCACAGGUCUAGGUCAAAAUCAUAUAGGUCUAGAUCAAGAACAAAUGAAUCUAGUUCUCAGUCAAAAAAUAAAGAGUAUCGAAAAUACAGGUCUCGGUCAAAGUCAUACAGGUCUAGAUCUAGGUCAAGAUCCAAUGAAUCAUAUGCUAGGUCAAUAGACAGGUCCAACAGGUCAUCCCGCAAGUCAUUUGACCGAUCAGACAGGUCAGUUGUUCCCCCGGACAACUCAACUCGGAAGUCAUCGACUAAUAAAACUGAGGACAAAUUUCCUAUGCCAGAAGCACGAUUUCAGAGACGUGUUCUGUUCAAACUCUGCGAGUUAAGUGCAGAAAUACAGUCUUUGAAAAGAAUAAAAAGUGUACGACAAGUCGGGACUGUUGAAGAAGAGGACUUUUUCCAGGCAGAUUCUAUUGAUGAGUUCAAUCUGUUGGACGAGAGAAUAAAAGGACCAGAGGAACGACAAAAAAUGGUUUAUCAUCUUUCACUGAUUGGUGGAGCAAAUACGAAGCAGGCUGUGCAGAACAUAUUAGAAAGAUUGAUGUCUAAUAGACUGAUGUCUAAAUUCAACUCAAAGGGAGUUAAAGGGAAGCUAUCGUUUGAAUCAUCAGAGACAUUCAAAGUUGUAAUUGCUAGUGCCAUGAAGGGAAACAAUGAUAUUACAGAACACCAAGUCAAGGAAGUUAUCAGCUACCACCUGAAAUACGCCCCAUACAGGAAAGGAGCAAUCCAGAGGACAAUGAAAUCAAAAAGCUAAAAAGGAUGACAAUGCCAAUAAAAUCCUGUGCAUACCAUUGAUAUAAGUUGAAAACAUCGAGUCAAAAGGUGAAUCCUGUGUCAAGUCCCUGCUUUGUGGACAUAAGUCUCCGACCGCGGAGCUCUUCUUGAAUAUUAUUGGUUUGGAAUUUAGAUUUUGUAGGGAGGUUGUACGUUGCAUGAUAGUUAUUUGGUUGGGAGAAGGUUGCAGGGAGGUUGGGAGAAGGUUGCAGGGAGGUUGGGAGAAGGUUGCAGGGAGGUUGGGAGAAGGUUGCAGGGAGGUUGGGAGAAGGUUGCAGGGAGGUUGAGAUUAAGUUAGAAUCCGACGUUGGGUCAACGUUGAAAAAUGACGACGCAAAAGUUUGCAAAAUCAACCACCAUCCAACCUUCUCCCAACGUUAGAAUCUGACGGUGGUGCAACGUUGGUACAACAUCAAUUGUUUGC